UUUGGUAUUCAGUAAUCUGUGGUUUAAGAUGUCUGUCUGAGAGAAGACGUGCGAUUAGGACAAUGGCGUCGAGUAGGUUAGAGAAAAUUGGUACGAUAUAUUCAAGGGUGAGAGGCCUUCUCAGGUCUGGGGCUAUGAGACAAGAAGAUAAACCUAUCUGGUAUGAUAUAUAUAAAGCAUUUCCUCCAAAGUAUGAACCAAGAUAUGAUCGACCUGCACCAGAUGUUCCGUUAAGAAGCUUAUUUUAUCCUGAAGAUAUUAUCAGAGCGAAGUUCCACAAACAGCAUAAGUCUCUGCCAGCUGUUAAUUUAUCUGAUCAGCAUAUUCCAACACAAACUCAAAAAUUUAUCUCAACAUAUAACAAGUUAAGAGAAGAAGGCAAAACAGUUGAAGAAAACUUAUACGCAGCUGCAGUUGAUGUGUUGAACGAUGAAAGACAGAAUGCAGUUAAUGUACCCAAAGCAGAAACAAAUAGUCUAGCAUCAUCUUUUCAAGAUGCUCAGAGAGAUGCAAAUGUAAACAUUAAGGACAUUUUUAAAGAUUAGCAGCUUAAUAUUCAGCCCUUUACCAGGACAGAUGUUGGAAUAUUUUGCUAAGGGUAAGAGGUAAUUUUUAUAUUUUGAUCAGUGGAGUAAACAUUAAAUGCUGUUGACAUGUUUACAUUUCUUACAUAUGACUGUAUAAGAGUCUCAUCCAUUGUACAGGCAUUCAAAGCUACAGAUAGUACGCAUCAGUAUGUCAUUUCCAACAUGUUAUAUUUAUGGUCAUAGUAUGGUAUGCCAAUCUUUGCAGCCUUUGCAUCCGACUGGGAAGUUUGGUUAUCUCUGUUACAAAAGCAAAGCAACAGUGCAGAAACUUUUAGAGAAAAGUGGAUGGUUUCAACACUAAGUAUGUUUUGGAGCAGCCAGAAUUUUUAGAAUAAAAGUAACGGACAUUAUAUUUUCA